UAUGAUUUAUUUUUUUGGAUUCCACUUCGCGAAACACACUCUGUACAGCGAUGGAACUUGGAGCAUCUUUGUUCUAUCUCGAUCCAAUCGAAGGUUGAAGGCCACGUUAAAAUUUCUGCUCCAAUAAACAGAAGGAUGACUUUGUAUUUCUCUGCUUUCUGUUAGACAAAUCUCUAUUUGCACUUCCGGGGGGUGCUCAUUACAGGAAUUUUUAUUUUGAGAUGAUUACUCACGAGCAAGAUCCUGAUGUUGUUCGAUGGGGCCUUGAACUCUUUGAUGGAGACCCAUUUUCUAAUUACGGAUAUUGUGGAAACGUUUCUCAUCAUGAGAUACAAUACUAUCAAGGACAAUGUUUUGAUGUAGAUAAUUAUGACAAGGCAUGCAACAUAGAAAGUAAUGAGCUUAUUGCUCAAACCCUCCAAGAACUCUCACAGCUUGCGAUCACAGAGCCUGUAUCCUUUGUUGAAGGGUUAGAAAAUUUACAACUUUCCGCGUGUCCGCAAGAUUGGCUUAGUCUAUCCAUAAAUAGCUAUAGUUCAGAGCAUAAUAAUGAUCUGGAAGAGGAAGAUGAUAGUUCAUGUACUAUCCCUGACGAGACAUCCUACAGUGGGGAUGACUGGUCAUAUUCUUUAGAGCUGACUGAUGAGUAUGCCCUUGAUGGAGAAGUGGGAAAAAGAUUGAAUCAGAUGGUCUCAAUUCCUCACGUUCCAAGAAUUAAUGGAGAAAUUCCUUCUGUUGAUGAAGAAGCUUUAGAUCAUCAAAGGCUAUUGGACAGACUGCAGCUAUAUGAUUUGAUCGAGAUGAAAGUGCAAGGAGAUGGUAACUGCCAGUUUCGUGCCCUGUCGGAUCAAAUUUAUCGAACUCCUGAGCACCAUAAUUUUGUGAGGGAGCAAGUUGUUAAUCAGCUAAAGUCAUAUCCAGAGAUAUAUGAAGGAUAUGUUCCCAUGGCCUACACUGACUAUCUGGAGAAAAUGUCGAAGAGUGGAGAAUGGGGCGAUCAUGUCACUCUGCAGGCUGCUGCAGAUACGUAUGGUGUUAAAAUUUUCAUGAUUACAUCAUUCAAAGAUACCUGCUACAUCGAGAUCCUUCCUAAUAUUGAAAGGUCCAAAAGAGUUAUUUGCUUGAGCUUUUGGGCAGAAGUGCACUAUAACUCAAUAUAUCCUGAAGGAGAUGUACCCAUGUUUGAGACGAGGAACAAUAGAUGGUGGAUGCUUCAAAACGAGCAUCUGGAAUGACGGAACAAUUAGCAAUUUUCAAUAUUGCUAAUCACAGAAAGUUGUAUGGAUACAUCAAUCCUAAUUGGAUCCGUAAGAGUUCAGCAUCUAAUUGCUCUUACUCGCUAGGUUUCUUUCCCCUGUGGGAAAAAUUAUGUGAAAUACAGAAAUGCCGUCAUGCUUUUUGAUUAAUGUGUGCAUCUCUAACAUUUGCCUGGAAUAUUUUGUUUUCCCCCUCAUUUUUUGGGGCUCUAGUAACUUCAAUUGUAAUCUCGCACUUUGUUUUCAAGUGCUUUGAGUAAAUGCUAAUUAUGUUAUGCUAUUUUCUGCUUCCAAUUUGCUCCAAGUUUCCGUUCA